AUGAACAGCUCCGAAGCCGGCGAAAACGAAGACUUUUUCAGCUCCGAGCUGUACGUCAAUCGUAAGUACGCAACGCAGGAAUUCGACUUUGGCGUGGCACAGCAGAAGCUGCGAUGCGCUCACGCCGCUUCCACGGGCCACGACCUCACAGGCCUCAGUGGUCUUCUCGCGUCUCAAUUGCGUGCAGCUCACACCGCCUUGACGGACGGCAACGACAUUGUGCUGGAGCUGCUGAAAGAAAAUGCCGAGACAAACGCCGACCCGAGAAAGUGCAACCUACUCUGCAGACGAUCAGGUACUUGCUGUUGCGCUCGCGCGAACGAACCACUGGCGACCAAGUUUUGCUGCGGUUACGUGUGCCGUGCGCAGUCGACAGAAGAUCUGCUGUACAAAGGGACAUCGGCGUUUGGCGUUCGGUUCGAGCGCGUCCAAGAAGACACAUUUCUUCCUGCGCCGCGACCGGCUGAUGUGAUCUCAAACCGUGAAUUGCGGCUGAUCGUGUUCACGCUGGACCCGCACAAGGCCAAUUGGGACGAGUCCGUGACAUUUAAUGACGAUGAGCUGAAAAACAUGCAGACUGUUUGCUAG